AUGUUUCGUUUCCGCCCUUCAAGACUGGCCCUAAGAUUCUUGUCUUUCAAGACAUACCCUACUCCAAACGAAAAUGCAUUGAAAUUUGUCUCGCCCGAAGCGGAAAUCUCGCCACUCAAGAAUAAAACUUUUGAGUUUUCAACGUCAUUGCAAGCGGUACAUUCGCCCUUGGCGCUCAAACUAUUCAAGCUCAACGGAGUGAAAUCUGUUAUGAUUGGCCACGACUUCUUGACCGUUAACAAGCUUGAUCAUGUGAACUGGGCCCACUUGCGCCCAGAAGUGGUGAAGUUGUUGGAUUCUUUCCUUACAAGCAAAGACGAACCAGUGAUCACCAAAGAGCUCAUACAACAGGGAGAAAAUGACUCUCUCAGCGCGUCGGAAAACGAUUCAGAGGUUGUGUCUAUGAUCAAAGAGUUGAUUGAUACUAGGAUCAGACCUGCAAUCCAAGAUGAUGGAGGCGACAUUGAAUACAAGGCUUUUGACGAAGAAACAGGAACAGUGUUUUUGAAACUUCAAGGUGCUUGCAAGUCGUGCUCUGCUAGUGAGGAUACUCUAAAAGGUGGCAUCGAGUCUAUGCUCAUGCACUACAUUGAAGAAGUGAAGGAAGUGGUUCAAAUCUUGGACCCAGAGGAGGAAGUGGCCAACCGCGAGUUUGAAAGACUCGAAGAGAAGUUGAAAACAAAGAAGGAUCCAUCGCCUCCGCCAUCUUUGUGA